UGCACCCAAUGCGGGGAUGUGGCAAAUAUAACGGAAAACUAUUAUCAAUAACCAUCUUGUUCUUUUUCCACAGAAAGGGGGGGCAGACAAUAUUUUCAUCCAUAACACCAACAGAAGACUCUGUCAACCAUGUCGUCCGACGCGGAAAUGUCGGUGUUCGGGGAGGCUGCGCCCUUUCUCCGUAAAACCGAGAAGGAAAGGUUGGAAGCUCAAAACAAACCUUUCGAUGCAAAAAAUAGCUGCUUUGUUGAUGACGACAAAGUGCUGUAUGUGAAGGGUCUUAUAACAGAUCGAGAAGGUGGCAAAGUUACCGUGAAGACUGAUGAUGGAAGGACUUUAACUGUGAAAGAAAGCCAAGUCUACCCCCAAAACCCGCCGAAGUUCGAUAAAAUUGAAGACAUGGCCAUGCUGACCCAUCUCAAUGAGGCGUCCGUGCUGUAUAACCUCAAAGAACGUUACGCAGCCUGGAUGAUUUACACCUACUCUGGGCUCUUCUGUGUCACCGUGAACCCCUACAAGUGGCUGCCCGUGUACAACCCCGAAGUGGUAGCUGGUUACAGAGGAAAGAAGCGUCAGGAAGCCCCACCACACAUUUUCUCCAUCUCUGAUAACGCCUAUCAGUUCAUGCUGACAGAUCGUGAGAACCAGUCUAUUUUGAUCACUGGAGAAUCCGGUGCUGGAAAGACUGUGAACACCAAGCGUGUCAUCCAAUACUUUGCAACAAUUGCAGCUGCUGGAGACCCCGGAAAGAAGAAGGAAUCUGGCAACAAACUGCAGGGAACUCUGGAAGAUCAAAUCAUCCAGGCCAACCCUCUCUUAGAAGCCUUUGGUAACGCCAAGACAGUGAGAAAUGACAACUCGUCUCGCUUUGGUAAAUUCAUCAGAAUUCAUUUUGGAACAACAGGAAAACUGUCUUCUGCGGAUAUUGAAACUUACCUUCUGGAAAAAUCCAGAGUAACAUUCCAGCUGUCAGCUGAGAGGAGCUACCACAUCUUCUACCAAAUCAUAACAAAUAAGAAGCCCGAGCUUAUCGAAAUGCUUCUCCUCACCACCAAUCCAUACGACUUCUCCUUCAUCAGUCAGGGUGAGGUUGCUGUAAAGAGUAUCGAUGACCAAGAGGAGUUGAUGGCCACUGAUAAUGCCAUCGAUAUUCUGGGCUUUUCACAAGAAGAGAAGAUGGGAAUCUAUAAGAUGACCGGAGCUGUCAUGCACCACGGAAACAUGAGAUUUAAGCAAAAGCAAAGAGAGGAGCAGGCCGAGCCUGACGGCACUGAAGUUGCUGAUAAAAUUGGCUACUUGAUGGGUCUGAACUCUGCUGAUCUGCUGAAGGCUCUGUGCUACCCAAGAGUAAAGGUCGGAAAUGAAUAUGUUACCAAAGGACAGACAGUCCAACAGGUCUAUAAUGCCAUUGGUGCCCUGAGCAAGUCCGUUUAUGAGAAGCUGUUCUUGUGGAUGGUCACUCGUAUCAACCAACAGCUGGACACCAAACUCCCAAGGCAAUAUUUCAUUGGUGUGCUGGAUAUUGCUGGCUUUGAAAUCUUUGAUCUUAACAGCUUGGAACAGCUUUGCAUCAAUUUCACCAAUGAAAAGUUGCAGCAAUUCUUCAAUCACCACAUGUUCGUCCUGGAACAGGAGGAAUACAAAAAGGAGGGCAUUGAAUGGGAGUUUAUUGACUUUGGUAUGGAUCUGGCUGCCUGCAUCGAGCUAAUUGAAAAGCCAAUGGGUAUCUUCUCAAUCCUUGAAGAGGAGUGCAUGUUCCCCAAGGCUACUGAUGUCUCCUUCAAGAACAAGCUGUAUGACCAACAUCUGGGCAAGUGCAAGAACUUUGAGAAGCCCAAACCUGGUAAAGGCAAGGCCGAGGCUCAUUUCUCCCUGGUACACUAUGCCGGUACCGUGGAUUACAACAUCGCUGGCUGGCUCGACAAGAACAAGGACCCACUGAACGAGACUGUAGUCGGCCUCUACCAGAAGUCUUCUGUGAAACUCCUGUCCUUCCUCUACUGCAGCUACUCUGCCACAGAUGCUGAGACUGGCGGAAAGGGAGGCGGAAAGAAGAAGAAGGGGUCAUCCUUCCAGACUGUGUCUGCUCUGUUCAGAGAAAACUUGAACAAACUUAUGACCAACCUGAGAAGCACCCACCCUCACUUUGUGCGUUGUCUGAUUCCUAAUGAGACCAAAACUCCAGGAAUCAUGGAGAACCAUCUGAUUAUCCACCAGCUGCGGUGUAAUGGUGUGCUGGAAGGUAUUAGGAUCUGCAGAAAGGGUUUCCCAAGCAGGAUCCUCUAUGGUGACUUCAAACAACGGUACAAAGUGCUAAAUGCCAGCGCCAUUCCAGAUGGACAGUUUAUUGACAGCAAGAAGGCUUCAGAGAAACUGCUGUCUUCUAUCGAUGUUGAUCACACUCAGUAUAAAUUUGGUCAUACUAAGGUGUUCUUCAAAGCUGGUCUGUUGGGUGUCCUGGAAGAAAUGAGAGAUGAUAAGUUGGCACAACUAAUAACUCGUACACAGGCUCUGUGCAGAGGCUUCUUGAUGAGAGUCGAGUUCAAGAAGAUGGUAGAAAGAAGAGAUGCUUUGUUUGUUAUCCAGUACAACGUUCGGUCAUUCAUGAAUGUCAAACACUGGCCAUGGAUGAAGCUUUAUUUCAAGAUUAAACCCCUGCUGAAGAGCGCAGAGACAGAGAAGGAAAUGGCCAACAUGAAGGAAGAGUUUGAGAAGACAAAGGAAACCCUGGCCAAGACAGAAGCACGAAGGAAGGAAUUGGAAGAGAAAAUGAUCUCCCUCCUCAAGGAAAAGAAUGAUUUACAGCUGCAGGUUCAGACGGAAUCUGAAAAUCUGUCUGACGCGGAAGAGAGAUGCGAAGGUCUCAUCAAAAACAAAAUUAACCUUGAAGCUAAAAUCAAAGAGCUCACAGAAAGACUUGAAGAUGAGGAGGAAAGCAACGCUGAGCUAACAGCCAAGAAAAGGAAACUGGAGGACGAAUGCUCUGAGCUGAAGAAAGAUAUCGAUGAUCUGGAACUCACCUUAGCCAAAGUAGAAAAGGAGAAGCAUGCCACAGAAAACAAGGUUAAAAACCUGACUGAAGAAAUGGCAGGGCUCGAUGAGAACAUCUCAAAGCUUUCUAAGGAGAAGAAGGCCCUUCAAGAGGCUCAUCAACAAACUCUUGAUGAUCUUCAGGCUGAAGAAGACAAAGUCAACACCCUGACAAAAGCUAAAACUAAGCUGGAGCAGCAGGUGGAUGAUCUGGAAGGGUCGCUGGAACAAGAAAAGAAACUUCGCCUUGACCUUGAGAGAGCAAAAAGGAAACUGGAAGGUGACCUGAAACUCUCCCAGGAAACAAUCAUGGACCUGGAAAACGACAAACAGCAAACCGAGGAAAAACUCAAAAAGAAAGACUUUGAAUUCAGCCAGCUGCAAAGCAAAAUCGAAGAUGAACAAUCCCUGGGAUCUCAACUGCAGAAAAAGAUCAAGGAGCUGCAGGCCCGCAUUGAAGAGCUGGAAGAGGAGAUAGAAGCGGAUCGGGCUGCACGUGCAAGGGUUGAGAAGCAAAGAGCCGACCUCUCCAGGGAGUUGGAGGAGAUCAGUGAAAGGCUGGAAGAAGCUGGAGGAGCCACUUCCGCUCAGAUUGAGCUGAACAAAAAGCGUGAAGCAGAGUUCCAGAAACUGAGGAGAGACCUGGAAGAAUCCACUCUUCAGCACGAAGCCACCUCUGCCGCUCUCCGCAAGAAGCAUGCCGACAGCGUCGCUGAGCUCGGGGAACAGAUUGACAAUCUUCAGAGAGUUAAACAGAAACUGGAGAAAGAGAAAAGCGAGCUGAAGAUGGAAAUUGAUGACCUAGCCAGCAACUUGGAGAGUGUUUCCAAAUCAAAGGCUAAUCUUGAAAAAGUGAGCCGUGUGCUGGAGGAUCAACUUAGUGAAAUAAAGGCAAAAGAAGAUGAACAUCAACGGCUUAUCAAUGACCUCACAGCUCAAAGAGCCCGACUGCAGACCGAGAACGGAGAGAUAUCCCGUCAGAUGGAAGAAAAAGAAUCUCUGAUCUCUCAGCUGACCAGAGGAAAGCAGGGUUUCACUCAACAGACCGAAGAACUAAAGAGGCAGCUGGAAGAGGAGACAAAGGCCAAGAACGCACUGGCUCACGCCCUGCAGUCUUCCCGCCAUGACUGUGACCUGCUCCGUGAGCAAUACGAGGAGGAACAAGAAGCAAAGGCUGAGCUUCAACGUGCUUUGUCCAAGGCAAACGGCGAAGUUGCCCAAUGGAGAACCAAAUAUGAAACAGAUGCCAUUCAGCGCACUGAGGAGCUGGAAGAGGCCAAGAAGAAGCUGGCGCAGCGUCUACAGGAAGCUGAGGAGCAGGUGGAGGCUGUGAACUCCAAAUGCGGCUCUUUGGAAAAGACCAAGCAGAGGCUACAAGCUGAAGUGGAGGAUCUCAUGGUGGACGUUGAAAGAGCAAACAGCGCAGCAGCCGCCCUUGAUAAGAAACAGAGGAACUUCGAUAAGGUCCUUGUAGAAUGGAAACAGAAAUAUGAAGAAAGCCAGUCUGAGCUGGAGGCAUCUCUGAAGGAUUCCCGCUCUCUCAGCACAGAGAUCUUCAAGAUGAAGAAUGCUUAUGAGGAGGCUUUAGAGCAAUUGGAAACCAUGAAACGGGAAAACAAGAACUUGCAACAGGAGAUCUCAGACCUCACCGAACAAAUUGGUGAAUCUGCAAAGGCGGUCAACGAACUGGAGAAAUCCAAGAAGGUGGUUGAACAGGAAAAGGGUGACCUGCAAGCUGCUUUGGAAGAGGCUGAGGGAUCACUGGAACACGAAGAAGCCAAGAUCCUGCGCAUUCAGCUUGAGCUCAACCAGGUGAAAUCUGAGGUGGACAGGAAAAUUGCUGAGAAGGAUGAAGAAAUUGAACAGUUGAAGAGGAACAGCCAGAGAAUCAUUGAUACCAUGCAGAGCACAUUGGACUCUGAAAUCAGAAGCAGAAAUGAUGCUCUGAGACUGAAGAAGAAGAUGGAAGGAGACCUGAAUGAACUGGAAAUCCAGCUGAGCCACGCCAACCGCCAGGCUGUGGAGGCACAGAAACAGCUCAGAAACGUCCAGGCUCAGCUUAAGGAUACUCAGCUUCAUCUGGAUGAUUCGCUUAGAGCCCAGGAAGAUCUCAAAGAGCAGCUGGCUGUGGUGGAACGAAGAAAUAACCUGCAACAGGCUGAAAUUGAAGAGCUCAGAUCUGUCCUGGAACAGACAGAAAGAUCCCGAAAAGUUGCAGAGCAAGAGCUUCUGGAUGCAAGUGAGCGUGUUCAGCUUCUGCACUCACAGAACACAAGUCUCAUUAACACUAAGAAGAAGCUAGAAAGUGAUGCUGCCCAGCUCCAGAAUGAAGUUGAGGAGGCAGUUCAGGAAUCCAGAAAUGCAGAAGAAAAAGCCAAGAAGGCCAUCACUGAUGCUGCUUUAAUGGCAGAGGAACUAAAGAAGGAGCAGGACACUAGCGCCCACUUAGAGAGGAUGAAGAAAAACCUUGAACAGACUGUGAAGGACCUUCAGCAUCGUCUGGAUGAAGCUGAACAACUGGCUUUGAAAGGUGGAAAGAAACAGCUUCAGAAACUGGAAGCCAGGGUUCGCGAAUUAGAAAACGAGCUGGAUAAUGAACAGAAGCGCAGCGCAGAGGCAGUGAAGGGAGUUCGUAAAUACGAGAGGAGAGUGAAGGAACUGUCUUACCAGACCGAGGAAGACAAGAAGAAUGUCCUGAGGCUGCAAGAUCUGGUGGACAAACUUCAGUUGAAAGUUAAAGCAUACAAGAGACAGGCCGAGGAAUCGGAGGAACAGGCAAAUGUCCACCUCACUCGCUUCAGAAAGGUCCAACAUGAGCUGGAGGAGGCCGAGGAGAGAGCCGACAUUGCAGAGUCUCAAGUGAACAAACUCAGAGCAAAGAGCCGUGAUAUCGGUGGCAAGAAAGUUGACAGCGAAGAAUGAAGAACUGUUUUUUUCCAAACAGAAGAAUGUGAAAUUUGCAUAAUGUGAACUUCUUUCUUCUGUAAAUUACCAUCCCCUCAAUUCAAACCUCCCUGUCUAUAAAUAAAUGUUUCUAGCUUUUA